CAAAUACGUUAUGUCACAUGAUGUGACACUUUCUAUGACAGUGACAGUUAGUCAGCUUCAACGCGCAGGGGCCGGCCCUCGACGAAAAGAAAUUAUAUUCAGAAUGAAUCAAGAGGGCGUACUCGCUUGUUGCGCCGUUUGCAAUAAAGAAACACAUCGCAGGUGCGCUCGUUGUCUAAACGUAUAUUAUUGUAGCACGGGCCAUCAACGGGAAGAUUGGAAACGUCACAAACGUGAAUGCAAACCCAAGAUUUUAAAAAAAGGGAAUGCACCUUCAAAAGUAGGUGAAUGUGCAAACCACAAUGCCGAAAUUGUGAAUCCUCAACAAAAUAAUGUUACUAGUGACUCCAUCGACAUCAAGGCAUCCGAGACCACUGCUAAAGACGGCAGUGAUGAUGAUAUAAAACGUUUGAGAAAGUCAAAGAAAAUAGGUGGGAAGUCACCUGGCGUAAUAGGUGUUAGUAAACAUAAUUCGCAAAUUUCUGCCGAGAGCGUGAAAAAAAGUGAAAGUGCUAGUGCUACUUCGGAAGGCCAGAAUAAUAAUAGUGUGACUUCUAGUGUAGUGUACACAAAUAGGGACUUAACCAGAGGAAGUGCCAUAACGUACGAAGGUUCUUCAGAACACGAAAUUCUUAGUGAUCCCGCUCAACAGCUGAACACUGAUGACUUUAGUGCAGCCAGCACAAGUAAUGUGUUAAAGUCUGUGAACAGGACAGAAGUGAAAAUGCCUGCGUUACCAAGUCAAGGGACAGAACAUAGUACGAGAAUGAGGGAGUAUCCAGAAGCUUCACUUAGAAACAGUGGAGCUCCAUUCAACCACAUGCCCAACACAUACUACAUGGACCCAAGUGACCCAUGCUAUGAGGUGUGCCACAGGCUAGUGCGGGAUAUGACUCAAUAUGGUGUUUGUGUUUUGGACAAUUUCCUUGGUAGAGAGAAAGGUUUAUUAGUACGUAACGAAGUGAUGGAAAUGUACAGAUUAGGUAUAUUUUCGGCAGGCCAAUUAGUAUCUAAUCCUAAGAGCAAGGACUCUCAGACAGUACGCAGUGAUCUUAUCACAUGGAUCGAUGGCAAGGAAUCAUACUGCCAAUACAUCAAACACUUAAUAACACAGGUGGACAACAUCGUGCUCAGGGCGAACAAGAUGGCCAAUAACGGGAAGAUGGGCGACUACUUCAUCAACGGGCGGACUAAGGCUAUGGUGGCGUGUUACCCGGGUCAUGGCAGCCAUUACGUGAAGCAUGUAGACAACCCAAACAAAGAUGGCCGCUGCAUCACCGCCAUAUACUACCUCAACCUCGACUGGGACGUGCGGCGGUACGGGGGCUUGCUCAGGGUAUUCCCAGAAGGUACGGACCAGGUGGCGGAUAUAGCGCCCAUCUUUGACCGCAUGCUGUUCUUCUGGUCCGACCGAAGAAACCCGCACGAGGUCCAGCCGGCCCAUAGCACUAGAUACGCUAUCACCUUGUGGUACUUCGAUAGUCAAGAGCGGGAGCUGGCGCUGAAGAAAUACAAAGAAGAGCAUGCAUCGUUGCGACAGCAAAUGAAUCAAAGGAAAUGAAGUUGACGGCGUGUCGGUUCAACGUCGACAAGACGCGCGUGGUACCGUGUACCCCCUCGCGAUGACUUGUUGCCAGCGUUCCGUAAGCGUCGUCCAAGUUGAACAAUUAGGAUAUGGCUUUCCCUUGUCUUGAUUGAUGAG